CCAACGCGUAAACGCGCCCAUUCCUCUUUUUUCUAUUUGCCUUUUGCAUUUCCCCCCUUUCUGUUUUUGAUUCGCUGUGCACGUUCUGCCCAUCUCUAUCUCUCUCUUCUCCAAACUAAAAACCAACCUCGAUAUUCACUAUACCCGAACACUAUGAGCUACCACCGCCAACGCCCACCUCCGAGCCCGAACCCGAGACAAACCCGGCCCAGUCCAGCCCCACCGCCAUUAGAAUCCGAUCCGUACAACAUAAUCCCCAUCCACAACCUCCUCGCGGAGCACCCGUCGCUCAGAUUCCCGGAGGUCCGAGCCAUUACCACCGCGCUCCGAGCCGUCGGCGACCUCAGGAAGCCGCCGCACAACCAAUGGGCUCCGCACAUGGACCUCCUGGACUGGCUCGCCCUCUUCUUCGGCUUCCAGAACGACAACGUUCGCAACCAGCGCGAGCACCUCGUCCUCCACCUCGCCAACGCUCAGAUGCGCCUCUCUCCUCCGCCGGACAACAUCGACGCCCUGGACGCCGCCGUUUUGCGCAAGUUUCGGAGGAAGCUCCUCAAGAACUACACCAACUGGUGCUCCUAUCUCGGCAAGAAAUCCAAUAUCUGGAUCUCCGAUCGCCGCGAGGCCGCCGCCGAUCACCGCCGGGAGCUGCUCUACGUGUCGCUCUUCCUUCUGAUUUGGGGUGAGUCUGCUAACCUCCGCUUUGUUCCCGAGUGCAUUUGCUUUAUAUUUCAUAACAUGGCCAUGGAGUUGAACAAGAUCUUAGAGGAUUACAUAGAUGAGAACACCGGCCAACCUGUGCAGCCCUCGGUCUCCGGCGAAAACGCGUUUUUGAACUGCGUUGUGAAGCCGAUUUACGAGACGAUUAGGGCUGAGGUGGAGAGUAGUAAGAAUGGCACUGCGCCGCACAGUGUGUGGCGCAAUUACGACGACAUUAACGAGUACUUUUGGAGUAAACGGUGUUUUCAGAAGCUCAGAUGGCCGAUUGAUUUGGGAAGUAAUUUCUUUGUGACGGGUGAGGGUGGCGCGAGAAGAAAACAUGUAGGGAAGACUGGUUUUGUGGAGCAGAGAUCGUUUUGGAACUUGUUGAGGAGCUUUGACAGGCUUUGGGUGAUGCUUGUGUUGUUUUUACAGGCGGCGAUUAUUGUGGCGUGGGAAGAGAGGAGAUAUCCAUGGGAAGCUCUGCAGUCUAGGGAUGUCCAAGCGAAAGUUUUGACAGUGUUUUUCACUUGGAGUGGGAUGAGGUUUUUGCAGUCUCUGCUGGAUGCAGGGAUGCAAUACAGUUUGGUUUCGAGGGAGACAAUGGGGCUUGGCGUGAGGAUGGUGAUGAAGAGUGUGGUUGCAGCCAUGUGGAUCUUGGUUUUUGGUGUGUUUUAUGGGCGGAUAUGGGCGCAGAGGAAUCGCGAUAGGAGGUGGUCUGCAGAGGCUAAUAGGAGGUUGGUUACUUUUCUUGAGGUGGCAUUGGUUUUCAUUUUGCCGGAGCUUCUGGCUGUGGCGCUGUUUGUGAUUCCGUGGAUCAGGAAUUUCCUCGAGGAGACGAAUUUGAAGAUCUUUUAUAUGUUGACUUGGUGGUUUCAAGGGAGGACCUUUGUGGGUCGUGGGUUGAGGGAAGGUCUUGUGGAUAAUAUCAAGUACAGUUUGUUUUGGAUUGUGGUGCUUGCUACCAAAUUUUUGUUCAGUUACUUCUUGCAGGUUAAACCGAUGAUUGGCCCAACGAAAGCAUUGUUGGAUUUGAAGGAUGUGCAGUAUCAAUGGUAUCAGCUUUUUAACAAUAGCAACAGAUUGGCAGUGGGCUUACUGUGGAUUCCUGUUAUUCUGAUUUACCUCAUGGAUAUUCAGAUUUGGUAUUCAAUCUACUCGUCUUUUGUUGGGGCGGGUGUGGGAUUGUUUCAGCACUUGGGUGAGAUUCGAAAUAUUGAACAGUUGAGGUUGAGGUUCCAAUUCUUUGCAAGUGCUAUUCAGUUUAAUCUCAUGCCGGAGGAGCAGCUGUUAAAUGCAAGGGGGAUGAGGAACAGGUUUAAGGAUGCCUUUUAUCGAUUGAAGCUGAGAUAUGGGCUUGGUCGGCCCUAUAGGAAGCUUGAAUCUAGUCAGGUUGAGGCGAAGAGGUUUGCUUUGAUAUGGAAUGAGAUAAUUUCGAUUUUCAGGGAAGAAGACAUCAUCUCUGACCGUGAGCAGGAGCUGUUGGAGCUGCCCCAGAAUUCUUGGAAUGUCAGGGUCAUUCGAUGGCCUUGUUUCCUCCUCUGUAAUGAGCUUCUGCUUGCGCUCAGUCAGGCCAAAGAGUUGGUAGAUGCUCCUGACAAGUGGCUCUGGUAUAAGAUAUGCAAGAAUGAGUACAGGCGUUGCGCUGUGAUUGAAGCUUAUGAUUGUAUCAAACACUUGCUGCUUGAGAUUAUCAAACGCAACACAGAAGAGCAUUCCAUUAUGACCGUAUUUUUUCAAGAGAUUGAUCACUCCAUUGAGAUUGAGAGGUUCACUAAAACAUUUAACAUGACUGUUCUGCCCCAGCUUCAUACCCAGUUAAUCAAACUUGUUCAGCUAUUGAACAAGCCAAAGAAAGAUCCUACCCAGGUAGUGAACACUCUGCAAGCCAUUUAUGAGAUUGCUAAACGGGACCUUUUCAAAGACAAGAGGAGCAUUGACCAGCUGAGGGAGGAUGGUCUGGCUCCUCGUAGUCCAGCUUCCACACAGGGGCUGCUUUUUGAGAAUGCUGUUGAAUUGCCUAAUUCAGAUAAUGAGACAUUCUAUAGGCAGGUUCGGCGGUUGCACACAAUUCUUACCUCUCGGGACUCAAUGCACGAUAUCCCAGUAAAUCUUGAGGCAAGACGCCGAAUUGCCUUCUUCAGUAAUUCACUUUUCAUGAACAUGCCUCAUGCCCCUCAGGUUGAGAAAAUGAUUUCCUUCAGUGUUCUGACCCCUUAUUACAGUGAAGAAGUAAUCUAUAGCAAAGAACAACUCAAAUCUGAGAAUGAAGAUGGUAUUUCGAUCCUGUACUAUUUGCAGACAAUUUAUGCCGACGAGUGGAAAAAUUUCUUGGAGAGAAUGCGCCGAGAAGGGAUGGUGAGGGAUACCGAGAUAUGGAAUACUAAGCUGAGAGAUCUCAGGCUUUGGGCAUCAUACAGGGGUCAGACACUCUCCCGAACUGUUAGGGGAAUGAUGUAUUACUAUCGGGCUCUUAAGAUGCUGGCAUUUCUGGAUUCUGCAUCGGAGAUGGACAUUCGGGAAGGAUCACAAGAACUUGGUUCGAUGAGGCGAGACAGCGGUUUUGAUGGUUACUCCUCGGAAAGGUCACCAUCUUCUAGGAGAUUAAGCAGAGCAAGCAGUUCAAUGGACUUGUUACUCAAAGGCCACGAGUAUGGUACUGCAUUGAUGAAAUUUACAUAUGUGGUUGCCUGCCAGAUAUAUGGAACUCAGAAGGCAAAGAAAGAUCCACAUGCCGAGGAAAUCUUGUAUCUAAUGAAAAACAAUGAAGCCCUUCGAGUUGCCUACGUUGAUGAAGUUUCCACUGGGAGGGAUGAGAAGGAAUUUUAUUCUGUUCUUGUGAAGUAUGAUCACCAAUUGGAGAGGGAAGUGGAGAUCUACAGGGUAAAGUUGCCUGGUCCCUUGAAGCUUGGUGAGGGAAAACCGGAGAAUCAAAAUCAUGCCAUCAUUUUCACUCGUGGUGAUGCUGUCCAGACUAUUGAUAUGAACCAAGACAAUUAUUUUGAAGAGGCACUCAAAAUGCGCAAUCUGCUGGAAGAAUUCAGGCGUUAUUAUGGUAUCCGGAAGCCUACUAUCUUGGGAGUUAGGGAACACAUAUUUACAGGUUCUGUUUCAUCACUUGCUUGGUUUAUGUCGGCUCAGGAAACGAGUUUUGUCACCUUGGGGCAGCGUGUUUUGGCGAACCCUUUAAAAGUUCGAAUGCAUUAUGGCCAUCCAGAUGUGUUUGACAGGUUUUGGGUCAUGACUCGUGGUGGGAUCAGUAAAGCUUCCAGAGUGAUUAAUAUCAGUGAGGACAUUUUUGCUGGCUUUAACUGCACAUUGCGUGGAGGGAAUGUCACUCACCAUGAAUACAUCCAGGUCGGCAAGGGAAGGGAUGUUGGGUUGAAUCAAGUGUCCAUGUUUGAGGCCAAGGUGGCUAGUGGAAAUGGUGAGCAAGUUCUUAGCAGAGAUAUCUACAGGUUGGGUCAUAGGUUGGACUUCUUCCGAAUGCUGUCAUUCUUUUACACUACUGUGGGAUUCUUUUUCAACACAAUGGUGGUGAUUCUGACUGUAUAUGCAUUUCUGUGGGGCCGACUCUAUCUGGCUCUUAGUGGUGUUGAGGCUUCUUCUGAGGCUAGUACUAAUAACAAUGCAGCACUUGGUGCAAUCUUGAAUCAGCAGUUCAUCAUCCAGCUUGGUCUGUUCACUGCCCUUCCGAUGAUAGUGGAAAACUCUCUUGAGCAUGGGUUCCUUCAAGCUAUCUGGGAUUUUCUGACAAUGCAGCUCCAGCUUUCAUCCGUAUUCUACACGUUCUCAAUGGGAACUCGUGCCCACUACUUUGGCCGUACUAUUCUUCAUGGUGGUGCAAAAUAUCGGGCUACCGGGCGUGGUUUUGUUGUGGAGCACAAGGGUUUUGCUGAGAAUUAUAGACUCUAUGCUCGUAGCCAUUUUGUGAAGGCAAUUGAACUUGGGUUAAUACUUGUAGUUUAUGCGUCACACAGUCCUAUAGCUGGCAACACAUUUGUUUACAUAGCCUUGACCAUCACUAGUUGGUUCCUGGUUGUGUCAUGGAUUAUGGCCCCCUUUGUGUUCAAUCCUUCUGGAUUUGAUUGGUUGAAGACAGUGUACGACUUUGAUGACUUUAUGAACUGGAUUUGGUUCCGUGGCAGUGUUUUUGCAAAAGCUGAACAGAGUUGGGAAAGAUGGUGGUAUGAGGAGCAAGAUCAUCUCAGGAACACUGGCAUUUGGGGUAAAAUAAUGGAAAUAAUCUUAGACCUCCGAUUCUUCUUCUUCCAGUAUGGGAUAGUAUAUCAACUAGAUAUUGCAGCUGGAAGUACCAGCAUUGCUGUUUACUUGUUGUCUUGGAUCUAUGUAUUUGUGGCUUUUGCGAUUUAUGCAGUAAUAGCAUUUGCUCGGGAUAAAUAUGCGGCAAAAGAGCACAUAUACUAUCGUCUAGUCCAAUUCCUUGUGAUUAUACUUGCAAUACUUGUGACAAUUGCUCUGCUGCAAUUUACAGCUUUCACAUUUAUUGAUAUUUUCACUAGCAUGUUGGCAUUCAUCCCCACUGGGUGGGCCCUGAUAUUGAUUGCCCAAGUACUCCGGCCCUUUCUGCCUACUCUUGUUUGGGAAAGUGUUGUUUCUGUGGCCCGACUAUAUGAUAUAGUGUUCGGAGUAAUUGUCAUGGCUCCUGUGGCAUUACUGUCAUGGUUGCCUGGGUUUCAGUCAAUGCAGACAAGGAUCCUUUUCAAUGAAGCAUUUAGUAGGGGCCUCCGCAUUAACCAGCUUGUUGCAGGAAAAAAAUCCAAUGACUUAUAAUUUGAGGUUUGAUUUUAGCACGAGGUGUAGAGAAACAAUAGAAUUGGAGAAGAUUGAUUUGUUUUUGCUUUGUGGAGGUUCUUAUGUGCACGUCAGAGUGGACUUCCAUUUUAUUUCAUUUCAAUCUCAGUCAGGAGGUAAAGGACAAUACCAUGUGAUUCUUUAUUGCAGGCUUCAUUUUACCUUUAGUAAUGUAAUUAGUUAAAAUUUCUCAUAUUUGAUCUGAUAUUUGGUCGGGGGGCUCUUAUUUAUAUGUGCUCAACUUCCCACUUCCCCCAUAUUUCUAAAGGUACAGCUCUUGGCAUAGUGUUUAUACAGAGUACAGAGAAUAGUGUGGUUUUGCUCAGAUUUUUAGAGUAUUUAUUAUUCUUUUGUCAGAAAUUGAGGUGGUAUUUAAUUUAUUCAAGCUUAAGACA